AUGAAACUCCGCUCGUGUGUUACCGCCUUAUUGGGCGCAUCUAGCGUGGCGGGUUUAACGAUCACUCAAGAUACAACAGUCGAUGGCACGAUCGACUUGUCUGUUGGGGAUAUUAUUAUCAACCCGGGAGUCAAGUAUUCCAUUUGGAAUAAUGCUGUCAGUGCCAUUGUCGGCGGUUUAACUGUCGGUGCUGGGGGUGGCUUCUACAUCUCAUCCAGCCAGCCAUUGCUUGCGUUGUCCGUUACCUUGUUGGGAGCCAUCAACACUAUCAAAAAUGAUGGUAUCAUAUCCUUCAACUCUGUGUUGUCGGCAACUGCGCCAACUUAUAACCUUGUUGGGGCGUCGUUCACCAAUAACGGCCAGCUUUACUUUGCUUCCCAAGGGUCGUUACUCCCGGCUGUUCAAUCGAUUACCUCGGCUUCUUGGAACAACAACGGUCUCAUCCUGAUUUACCAAGAGUCCCGGUCCACCGGCGCUGUCGUGCUCGGUCCUCCGCUUGGUAACUUGAACAAUAAUGGUGACAUUUGUCUUUACAACCAGAUCUGGCUCCAGACUGGUAACAUUAGAGGUACUGGUUGUUGGCACAUUAUCGGCAACUCCUUAGCUCAGUUGAACCUUCCUACGUCGCCUAUUGACACCACUCAAGUGUUCUACAUGGACGGUCCCAAUGCUGAAUUGUUGGCACUUUUGGUGACUGCUAGUCAGACUUAUACUGUGGCUGGUUUUGGUAAUGGUAACUUCAUUGGGCUCACGGGGCCGAUCUUAAGUUGGAAUUACAACGCGGGGACUGGUGUCUUGACGCUUUACUCAGGCCCAUUUAACACUCUCCCGCAACGAUUCCUCAUCGGUCCUGGCUACGUUAAUUCUAACUUCGAGACAAAGGCACACCUUUUCCCCGGCCUCUCGGCGCCACUUAACAACGCUAUUGUCUACAAUGCUCCCCCUCCUAACCCGAUUCCUGCCGUCUGUGGGGCAUGCACUCUGACUGUCGAAGCCCCCUUGCCAACCUCAUCCUCAUCUGCAAUUGAGUCGUCCUCCACGAUUGAGUCGUCUUCGACCGCUGAGUCCACCCCUGAGUCGUCUUCUGCUGCUGA